GUCGUCGCUCGUCACACAGGCAGUCAGACAGGGAGCUUCGCUGUCAAGAGGGUGGAUGCCGAGCUGAUGCAGGAAGUGGUUCACUCUGUGCAUUGGUUCAGAACCUAGACGCUUUAUAGGACAACAGCGAACAGAGUGAAUACAGUUGCUUUGUCUCUAUGGGGGAAGGCGGGACCACGAGCAUCCGCAUAAAAGAGUGGAGCCUGGUGAGGAGCAAUUCAAGGAAAUGACCUAGAGGCCUUACAGAUACUUUUGUGCUCUUGCCACUUCCAAUCUGCAUCCGCAGAGAGCGGCGUCAUCUGGAAGCACAUUUCGUUUCCGCGGCAAGUUCCACCUACCUCAGCUGGCACUUGGACGGGAAAAGCAGGAAGCCGGCGGUGGGAGGGAACACACAAAGCCGAGCCGUGCUUUUCAGAGGAGCAUCUUGAGACGGACUGGAUCUGUCUCUACCAGCCAGCGCCUGAGCCUCAUCCCCAGCAUCCAGUGUCUGUUUGCAUGUUUGUUUUUUUUUUAACUUUUGUAACUCUUUGCUCUCCAUACUGUUGACCAGUGUUUGGUUUUGCUAAUUUUUGCUUUCAACCUGGAAAAUUAUUUUCUACUUUCAUUAGUGAAGUGCGAUAAAGAUUUCUAUAUGUACAAAGACGUGUUUAUACGCUAUAGACUGUAUGAAGAAUGAUCUUUUUCUCCAUUCUGAAGGAAGGCUAAUGCACUUUAAAGCUUGGCUCUAGUAGCAGUUGUAGGAUUACUAGCUAGUUUGAGGCUGGAACAGAACCACGCUCCGCCUGAUGGAUCUGCAGCUGGGCUGCAUGUAAGCACUUCACAUUGGCUCUCAGCCCCUCUGGUUGCCCUCCGACCUCAGCCGCUCCCGCUUUGGCCUCCACCAGGCACUCUUGAGAUGAGCCCCUGGCAGGCGGAAUCCUUCAGCUGUCUUUUUACGUGACCUGGACAGUGUCAGGACUGUGGCUUUAAGUGUUUUCUGCUGCAGUCAAGAACACUUUGUGGGAAAGCCAAACAGAAACAGGAUCUUCCGGUGCCGGCGCACCACCUAUGUAUUGUUGCAGUGCGCAGCAAAGUAAAAUGGACUACAAGCGUCGCUUUUUGCUCGGCGGGUCCAAGCAGAAAGUGCAACAGCACCAGCAGUACCAGAUGCCUGAGUUGAGCCGGACCCUCAGCGCCUCGUUGGCCUCCUCUUGCGCGGCCUCGUCACCCAUGGGAAUGCCUGGCGGCUGCCACCCACCUCCCUCGUCCUCCUCCGCCGCCACCACUGCGGUCGCAGACAUCCAGCAAGGCAUCUCCAAGUACUUGGAUGCCCUCAACGUGUUCUGCCGGGCCAGCGCCUUCCUCACAGACCUGUUCAGCAGCGUGUUCAGGAACUCUCACUACUCCAAAGCAGCUAUGCAACUGAAGGACGUGCAGGAACACGUCAUGGAGGCAGCCAGCAGGCUGACGGCGGCCAUCAAGCCGGAGAUCGCCAAGAUGCUCAUGGAGCUGAGCGCCGGGGCCGCCAACUUCAAGGAUCAGAAUGACUUCAAUCUGCAGGAUGUUGAGGUACUGGGCCGGUGCUUCUUGACAGUGAUGCAGGUCCACUUCCAGUUUCUGUCGCAGACUCUGCAGAAGGUCCAGCCCGUGGCCCAGUCCUGCUUGGCAGAGGCCCUGGCUCAGGCCCAGGAGCGCUCAGCCAACGCCCGCUCCCAAAGUGCCGAAAUGGGGCCACUGACGGAGCUGGAGGAAGCCUCACGCUCGUGGAAAGGUGCAGCGGAGGCCACGUCAAGACUGAGAGAGAGGGGUCGUGACGGCUGCCUGGCAGGCCUCCAGGUUCAGCAGCUCUUCUGCUCCCACAACACCAACAUCCCAGAACACCAGCUGAAGGAGCUCAGCAUGAAGACAGACAACGCUUUACAGGCGUACAAAGCAGCGCUGGAGAGUCUGGGCCACAGCGAGUACGCCCUGAAGGCUGGCUUCCACCUCAACCCCAAAUGCGUGGAGGCAGCCUUGCAGGGCUGCUGCAGUGAGGCAGAGGCGCAGCAGGCGGGCAGAAUGCAGACCACCUCGCAGCCCAUCCAGUGCGAGCUGCCCACCAUCCCCGUGCAGAUCGGCUCGCACUUCCUCAAAGGAGUCUCCUUCAACGAGUCAGCGGCCGAGAACCUCAAACUGAAAAUGCAAACAAUGCUGCAGCUCAUUAAGGAGGCGCUGGGCCAAAAUGGGGUGUCCCCCAGAGACGACUCCCCCGUCACAGAGGUGCUCAACCAAGUGUGUCCAUCCAGCUGGAGAGGGGCCUGCAAGACGGCCGUCCAGCUGCUCUUUGCUCAGGCUGGGCUGGUGGUGGUUGAUACAGCUCAGAUAGAGAACAAGGAGUCCUAUGCUCCUCAGAUCACCCUAGAAGGAUCCAGGCUGGUGGUCCAGGUCCCCUCCACGUGGUGUCUGAAGGAGGACCCAGCAACAAUGUCUUUGCUCCAGCGUAGCCUUGAUCCAGAGAAGAUGCUGGGCCUAGUUGAUGUGCUCUACACUGCAGUGUUUGACAUCAAUAGAUGGAAGGAGAGGAAGGAACAAUCUUUGCCGACUAUUCAGAUUCAACUACAGCGGGAGAGCCCGGACUUUGGCAGCCAUGUGGAUCUACCGCCAGGCGCCAGCUCCAAGGCCUCCAGCGGCCUGCCCAAAACCAUCUCCAAGCUCACGUCCAAGUUCACCAAGAAGGCGUCAUCUAGCUCCAACAGCGGGGGCAGUUACUCCAUUCCCAGCACCCCCUCCCGCAGCAUGCUGAGCAGCGGCGGGUCCGAGGACAAGGCCAAGAGUUUGGGCCGCAGCGAGGGGAGGCUGCACAGCAUCCUGCAGAUGGGCGGUCUCUCCUGCGCCCCCGACCCCAGCCAGCAGAACCAGCUGGCUAACGGUCUAGGCUGUGAUGACCAGGGCAUGAACCUCCCGACCGACCAAGAGAUGCAGGACGUCAUCGACUUUCUCUCAGGAUUCAACAUGGGCAAAUCCCAGCAGGCCUCCCCCCUCGUCAAGAGGAGGAACUCUGUGGCGUCCGCAAACCCAGCCGAGCUAAAACCCCCACCUGGACCGUCACCGACAUCCCCGGGUAUCUCUCACAGCGCCCUGCCUCCCCUGAGCCAGACCCUGCCCCAGCCCCAGGCGCAGGCUCCUACAUUGGUGCAGAAGCAACAGCCAAAUGCAACAUCGCAACAGCAGCCGCCCCCGCCUGCACCCCAGCAGCCCUCCCCCCAGGCCCUCCAGUACUACCAGCACCUCCUGCAGCCCAUCGGCCAGCAGCAGCAGCCACCACCUCCUCAGCUGCCUCCCCAACAGACACCCCAACAGGUCCUACCCCAGCAGAGAGUGCCCAGCAAGUGGCUCAGCACAUCUAGCCAGCAAGCCCCCCCGGGGGGAUUGUCACCCCUGGGUCCCAUCGGCCAAUGGGGAGGCUCCCCGGGGCUGCCAGACCUGAGCUCAGACUUGUACAGUCUGGGCCUGGUGAGCACAUACAUGGACAGCGUCAUGUCCGAGGUGCUGGGCCAGAAACCUCAGGGGCCGCGCAACAACACAUGGCCCAACAGAGAGCAGAGUGAUGGCGUGUUUGGCGUCCUGGGGGACACGCUGCCCUUUGACCCCGCAGUGGGCUCUGACCCGGAGUUCGCCCGCUAUGUCGCUGGGGUCAGCCAGGCCAUGCAACAAAAGCGCCAGGUGCAGCAUCCCCGUCGCCCUAGUAACCCCCGCAGCAACUGGCCCAUGCCGGAUGAGCAACACAGGACCUGGGGCCACCCCGAGUACUACAGCGAGGGCGAGGCUGUGAACAGCAGCUGGUCGGCCAAUCAGGGAGACUCUGCCAGCUCCAGCGAUGAGACGUCCUCCGCAAAUGGAGACAGUCUCUUCUCCAUGUUCUCUGGGCCGGACCUCGUGGCGGCAGUGAAGCAACGAAGGAAACACAGCUGUGGUGAGCCAGAAGCAUGCACCCUGCCCUCGCCGCCGCUCCAUCACAUGACCGACGACAGCCAGGACAGCAAAACAAAAACGUGGCCUCCCAAAGCGCCGUGGCAGCACUCGGCCCACAGCGGCUUGACGGCGGCGGCCAAUCCCAGCUCUUCCUUGUACCAGAUGAACCUCCUGCCGCCGUCGUCGCAGUGGAGCGACUCCAUGCAGAUGCUCCAGUCGCCCGUAUGGUCGGCGGCCAGCGAGUGCUCGCCCGCGGUCGCCAUCUCCUCACCCUUCCCCUUCACCCAGCAGCAGCAGCAGCAGCAGCAGACGCAGCAACAGCAGACGCAACAACAGCAGCAGCAGCUGAAAGCCAUGAGCAAGGGCUUCAAGUCGUUCCACUUAAAACACGAGCAUAGGCCCUCCUUCCUGCACCAGUACUGACAAGUAAACACUUUGGUUCAACACAUGGAAAGUAUUUGUACACAACAGUACACACGACUAUGAGGGCCACACUGACGACUUUAACAAUACUACUGCCAGAAUCAAGUGAUAGUAUACAAUGAAAUACAGUAGGAACACUUCCACGUGAUUGAAACUUCAAAAAUAUACACUUUAUCUUGCAAUAUUCUGUAUUUUUCUCAAGAAAUAUAAUCUAUUCUCAUAAUAUUCCAUAUUUUUUCUUGACAAAACAUGACUUUAUUUUUGUAGUAUACUGUUUUUCACAAAAAACCCUCGCACACAACUGUUAAUGAAAUAUUAUGACUUCUUUCUUGAAAAAGGAUGACGUUAUUCUUGUAGUAUACUGUUUUUUCAAAAAAAAAAUCCCCACACAACCGUGUUAAUAAAAUGACUUUUUCUUGAAGCAACAGGACUUGUAGUAUACUGUUUUUUCCCAAAAUGUCCCCGCACAACCGCGUUAAAUGAAAUAUUAUGACUUUUUUUUCUUGAAACAACAUGACGACUUUAUUCCUGUAGUAUACUGUUUUUUCCCCCAAAAAAGCCCCCAAUAUCCGUGUUAAUGAAAUGUUAUGACUUUUUUCUUUAAAAAAAAAAAAACGAGACUUCAAUCUUGUAGUUUCUGUUUUUUCCAAAAAAAGCCUCCACACAACCGUGUUGUUGAAAUAUUGACUUUAUAUUGAGUUGAAUAUUGGCUGAAACAGCAUGACUUUAUUCUUGUAGUAUACUGUGUUUUCCAGACGAAAAACCCCACACAACCGUGUUAAUGAAAUGUUCUUUUUUCUUGAAAAAAAACUUUAAUCUUUGUAAUAUAGUUGUUUUUUUUUUCUUCGAGGAAAAAUAAUAUUCUCGUAAUAUUCCGACAUUUAUUUUUUUUAGAUAUAUUUUCAUUCUUGAAAUAUUACAACUUUUUUCUUGGGGAAAUAACAUUUUAUUCUCACAAGAUCUCGAUUUAAAAAAAAACCCCACUGUUCAUAUAAUCACAUGACUCGUUUUCAUAACGCAUAUGACUUCAUUCUGGGAUAUUUUUCUUGAAUAAAUACAAGUUUUUUUAUUACGACUUUUUCUGAAAAAAGUUUAUUCUUGUAAAUUCCUACAAAUAUGACUUUUCUAGAGCUAAGUGCAACUUUAAAAAACUGACAAAUGUACUAUUAUGACUUGAAAAAUACAACUUUUCUCAUAAAUUAUAUUUUUUUUCAAAUAAAAUCUGGCUUCAUUCCAGUAACACUCCAACUUUUUCUUGAAAAAAACCUUUUUACAUUUCUAUAGUCAACUUUGACAUCAACAUACCGUACUUACAUAGUCGCAUCACGUUUUGUAAUGAAAUCUCACCACUUUUUCUGACAAUAUGAGCUUUAGUCUCCCAACAUUGCGACUUUAUUCUCGUAAUAUUACCUAUUUUUCUUGAAAAAAGUCAGAUGCUGUAAUAUGAUGCUUUUUCUUGAAAAGCAUAGCGUUAUUCUCACAUAUCACUACUUUGUCUUGAAAUAAAUCUGGCUGUAAAAUUUCAACUUCAUUCUCGUGACGUCACAACUUUUUUCUCGUAAUAUUGCGACUUUAUUCGCUUAACUUGUGCGACUUUAUUCUUGUAACAUUUCUACACCUUUCUUGUAAAAAGACAAUGUUAUUCUCGUGAUAGCAUUUUUUUCUUUUAAUAUUACGAUUAUUCCUGCAAGAGUUUGACUUUUAUUUCCAAAGGUAUUUCUUCCUCAUAAUAUUCCAGCUUUAUUCUUGUAAAGUUUGCAAUGUUUGUACGAGUAAAAAAGUUAUGAGGCUUUUCUCGUAAAACUACAAUUUUAUUCUCACAAUAUUCGCACUUGUUUAUGGCAGUGUUCGACUUUUUCUUGAAAUACAUCCAACUGCAAAAUUACGGCUUCAUUCUCUUAGCAACGUUAGAACUUUUGCAACUUUAUUCUCGUAAUAUUAUGACCUCUUUUGUCUGGGAAAAAAAAUAGUGGCUUUUUUCUGGAUUUUUUUUCCCCUGCUCUAUUUAUUUUCUAUCUAUUUUCAUCAUACGUUUGUGACAUUCCGUCUGUUUUGUCUUGAAAAAAAUGUGACUUUUUUUUUUUCCCCUGAAAAAAAUACACAUUUAUUUCGGUAACAUUACCACUGUAUUCUCGUAAUAUUCUGCCUUUAUUCUCAGAAUUUUUGCAAAUUUAUUCUCCUAAUAUUUAAAGAUAAAAAAGACCCGACUUUAUAAAGUUUGCAACGUUCAUGCUAGUAAAAAAAAUGGUAUGAUUAGCGUAAAUCUCAUAAUAUAAGGACACUUUUCUCAUAAAAAUACAACUUUAUCCUCACGAUAUUUUGUCUUGCUUUUCCUGAAAAAAAAAUGCGUCUUUUUUCGGGUAACUUUUUUUGCUAAUAUGAUAUUUCUGUAACAUUUGGACAAUUUUUCCUCCCAAGGAAAAUAAAACUUCUCAAAAAAAGCAAACUAAACUAUUGCUAUUGUAACUUGAUGCCCUGCUGUUUUUCUUGCAAUAUUAAUAUGACCGUGACGGUUCGACUUACUUUCCAACGUUAGAAUGUUUGCGACUUUUAGACUAGUAAGAAAGUGUAAAUGCGAGCGUUACUUAAUAAUGUUAUGACACUUUUCUCGUAAAAAUACAACUUUAUUCUUGUAAAAAUACAAUUUUGUUCUUGCAAAUGGAAUUUUUCCUGGGAAAAAAAAGACUUUCUGGUAUUUUUCUGACUUUUAUGCAAGUAAAAAAGUAGUAAUGUUGGCGCUUCGGCUUGUCCUGAAACUUUAGUCCAAAAAAUAUGAAGACUUCAUUGUGGUAACAUCACAGCUUUUUUCUUGUAAUAUUAUGACACUUUUCAGUAAUCUUGAUGGUUUUUCCUGGGGGGGGGGGAUCGUUAGCUUUUUUUGCAAUAUGACUACGAUCUUGUCAUUUUCAGUUUUUUUCCAACUUUUCCGACGUUGGCGACUAAAGUGGCAAUGUCGGCGUUAAUUUCAGAAUAUUAUGACACUCGAGUAAAAAUACAACGGAAAAAUCCGUGCGAUAUUGAUGAAUUUGAUGAAUUUAUUUCUUAUUUUUUCCAAAUUUCUUGCGUACCAUUACAACUUUGUCAUGAAAGAAAUCUGCCUGUAAAAGUCUUGACUUUAUUCUCGUAACAUCACAAAAAAAAUGUUCUCAUAAUACUACGAUACUUUUUUCCUGGAAAAAAAACCCUGUUGGGAAUUUUUUUUCUUGCAGUAUCGCAAAAAUGACUUGUUUUCUGACUUCCGAAUGUGUGCGACUUUUAUACUAGUAUAAAAGUGUGAAUGUUAGCGUUACUCUCGUAAUAGUAUGACACUACGACUUUAUAACAUGUGCGACUUUCACGCUAGUAAAACAGUAAUGUUGGUGUUAAUUUGGUAAUCUCGUGACGCUUUUGUCGUUCAAUUAUUCUGACUUAAUUCUGGUAACGUAAUUUUUUUACUCAUAAUAUUACGCCACUUUUCUUGUACAAAUACAAUUUUGCUCUUGCAGUAGUGUGACUUUUUUUUCCUGGAAAAAGAAACUGUCGGGAUUGUUAAGACUUUUUGUCUUGUAAUAUCACAAAAAUAACGGUGACAUUUUGACUUUUGUCAAACCAACUUCCGAAAGUGUGCGACUUUUAUACUAGUGAAAAAGUGUUAAUGUUAGCGUUACUCUCAUAAUAAUUACAACACUUUUCUCGUAAAAAUGCAACUGUAUCUGUGCGAUAUUGUAUACGUACAUACAUUUUUUUCUCAUAAAAUCACGACACUUUUCUUGUACAAAUACAAUUUUGUUCUUGCAAUAAUCUGACUUUUUUCCUGGAAAAACAAACCUGCUGGCAUUUUUCCGACUUUUUUUCUUCUUCUUGUAAUACCACGAAAAUACAACACCGUAUUAGGGCCACAUAAGAGAUUUUGAGAAUUUCCGAGAAAAAAGUCGUAAAUUUGCGAUUAUGAGAAUUAAGUCAUAAAUUUACGAGAAAAAAUGUCAUCAAUUUGCGGGACUAAAGUCGUAAAUUUACAUGGGAAUAUUAUAUUAGUUGGAAUAUUAUGAUAAUAAAGUCCUAAAUUAAAGUUUUUCGAAAUAGUUUAAUAUUCUGUCGUAACAGGCAUUGCCUGAGACAGCUACGAAAAGGGAGGACUUAUGUGACCUUUGGCCUUGGGCAAAGGUAAUGUUACAACUUUUUUCUUCGUAAAUCUGACUUACAACUUUAUUCUCCUAAUGAAUUUUUUCCUCGUAAAUGUACGACUUUAUUGUGGUUCUUUGCCGUAAAUGUACAAAUUUAUUCUUGAAAUCUGAGUUUAUUUUAAUAGACUGUUGUAACAGGCAUUGCCUGAGACAGCUAUACGACAGCUUAUAUGACCGUUGGCCUUGUGACCUUUGACCUUGGGCAAAUAUUACAACUUUUUUUCUCGUAAGUCUACUACCGUUGUUUCUCGUAAAUUUACCACUUUAUUCCCCUAAUUGUACGAAUUUAUUCUCGAAAUCUCACACUGUCGUAACAGGCAUCGCCUAAGACAGCUAUUUGACGGUUUAUGUGACCUGUGGCCUCGGCCAAAGGUAAUAUUACGACUUUAUUCUCGAAAUCUCAUAUUUUAAUGUCGUAACAGGCAUUGCCUGAGAUGGCUAUGAAAAGGGGGGAUGUAUGUGACCUUUGGCCUUAACCUUUGGCCGUAAAUGUAUGACUUUCUUUUUCUUGUAAAUCUACAACUUUUUUUUCCGUAAAUGUACUUUUUUCUCGUAAAUGUACUACUUUAUUCUUGUAAAUUUACACUUUUUUUUCUUGUGAAUCUGUUUUUUUCGUAAAUCUACAACUUUAAUUCUCGGAAAUUUACGACUUUAUUCUUGGAAAUUUACGACUUUAUUCUUGUAAGUUUACGACUUUAUUCUCGAAAUCUGCGAUUAUUAUUUUUUCCCCCCGAUGUGGCCCCAACAUUUGGACUUUUAUUUUCCGACUUGCGAAUGUGUGCGACUUUUAUACGAGUAAAGAAGUGUUAACGUUAAUCUUAAAAAAUGAGGAAAGUAUUUGUGGACCAUUGCAACGUUGUUUCCCCCAGAAAAAAAACUAACUUCUCAUUAAAAAAAAAAAACGCCCUUUUUUUUUUUUGACCACAAUUGUGCACAAUUGUGACAAAAUGUGGAAAAUGUCAUCGAGUCACUUCAUUUGUUUCUGUAACAUCUGCGCAGUGUGGCCCCCCUACUCGUGCGUACCUGGUAACCCCCCCCAUCUCUCCCCCCACUGCAUACUGUCGUUAAUACCACCAUGAUGAAACGGGCGGCCGCCAUGGUGUUGGUUCCUCUGUCUGCGGCGGGUGGUGGCGCCCCCCUCAGGCAAGAGCUGGAGACCGCGUGAAAGGCGACAAGGAAGCAUGUAAGCUGUAACUGCCAAAAACGUACCGCCAUUGACGAAAUACCCACUUUUUACCAAGAGGCUUUGAGCAGGCUCAGCACACGUUCAAGGACAGAACACACACUACUAUUACUAUUACUACUACUACUACUACUACUACUACUAUGUUUUUUUCCCUCUUCCUAAGCAGCAACAAAUGUGCCAUGUUGGUAUCGAUGAUAGCACUUGUCCACGGGCGUUUUUGCAACCAAAGCAGGAGAUGAACGGCGCGGCGCUGAGGAGGUUUCUGUUUGAGGAUGAAAUUAGCGCUUUGACACCAACUCUUCUUCUUCUUCUUGACGUGUGACGUUGUUUUUCCGGUCCAAGUAUUGACAGUAUUACUUAUUUUUCUAUUUACCAUGACUGUAUGUUCUCCUGCAACCAGAGAGGGAGAGAGUGUUUUUUUUUUUUAAAUGCUAUUUUCCCGCUGAUGUGAAAAAAGAAGCACAUUUUGUCCUCCAUCUUUACCAAAAAAGAAAUAAAACAGUGAGGAGGAGGGCGGGGCCUCCUCCCUCCACA